AUGGGAGACACCAAGGAGAACGAUGCAUACGAGGAGGAGCUUCUCGACUACGAGGAAGAAGACGAAAAAGCCCUUGAUUCCGUCAACGCUAAAGUCAACGGCGAGUCCGCCAAGAAGGGUUAUGUAGGCAUUCACAGUUCGGGAUUCAGAGACUUUCUCUUGAAGCCAGAGCUUCUACGCGCUAUUGUGGAUUCAGGAUUUGAGCAUCCAUCAGAAGUUCAACAUGAGUGCAUACCUCAAGCUAUUUUGGGAAUGGAUGUCAUCUGUCAAGCAAAAUCUGGAAUGGGAAAAACUGCUGUUUUUGUUCUCUCAACAUUGCAGCAGAUUGAACCUGUUGCUGGUCAAGUUGCUGCACUUGUUCUAUGUCACACAAGGGAAUUAGCUUACCAGAUUUGUCACGAAUUUGAGCGUUUCAGCACGUAUUUGCCAGACAUCAAAGUUGCUGUUUUCUAUGGCGGUGUCAACAUAAAAAUCCACAAAGAUUUAUUGAAGAACGAAUGUCCUCACAUUGUUGUCGGAACACCUGGAAGGAUACUCGCUCUUGCAAGAGACAAGGACCUUUCCUUGAGAAAUGUGAGACAUUUCAUACUGGAUGAAUGUGACAAGAUGCUCGAAUCUCUUGAUAUGAGAAGAGAUGUGCAGGAGAUCUUCAAGAUGACCCCUCAUGACAAGCAAGUUAUGAUGUUCUCAGCUACGCUCAGCAAGGAGAUUCGACCUGUUUGCAAGAAGUUCAUGCAAGAUCCUAUGGAAAUUUAUGUGGACGAUGAAGCCAAGUUGACCCUUCAUGGUCUUGUACAGCACUACAUCAAAUUGAGUGAGCUGGAGAAGAACCGGAAGCUGAACGAUUUGCUCGACGCCUUGGACUUCAAUCAAGUCGUCAUCUUUGUCAAGAGUGUAAAUAGAGCUGCUGAGCUGAACAAAUUGCUUGUGGAGUGUAAUUUUCCAUCUAUUUGCAUCCACUCUGGCAUGUCCCAGGAAGAAAGAUUGACUCGCUACAAAGGUUUCAAGGAGGGGCAUAAAAGGAUUCUUGUGGCUACUGAUUUGGUUGGCAGAGGAAUUGAUAUAGAACGUGUCAACAUUGUCAUUAAUUAUGACAUGCCUGAUUCUGCAGACACUUACCUGCACCGGGUGGGUAGAGCUGGAAGGUUUGGCACCAAAGGGCUUGCCAUCACAUUUGUCUCUUCCGCAUCUGAUUCUGAUGUUCUCAAUCAGGUCCAGGAGAGGUUUGAGGUGGAUAUUAAAGAGCUUCCUGAGCAGAUUGAUACAUCUACAUACAUGCCAUCGUAA